AUGUCUGCUUUAAAUAUUAACAACUUACAAAACACGUUCCAAGAUGCUUUAAAUUUUGGAGGAUCCCCAGGUGCUGUCUCAACUUCACCAACCCAAUCUUUCAUGAAUUCAUUGCCUCAACGUUUAAAUGCCGCCAAACAACAAAAGGUUCUAAAGCCAUUCUCUACAGGUGAUAUGAAAAUCUUACUUUUGGAGAAUGUUAACCAAACUGCUAUUGAAAUCUUCAAACAACAAGGAUAUCAAGUUGAAUUUCACAAAACCGCGAUGGGUGAGGAUGAACUUCUUGGGAAAAUCAAAGAUUUCCAUGCUAUUGGUAUUAGAUCAAAGACAAAAUUGACUGCAAAGGUUCUAGAACAAGCCAAGAACUUGAUAUGUAUUGGUUGUUUCUGUAUUGGUACAAAUCAAGUUGAUCUUAACUAUGCUGCUGAUAAGGGUAUCGCUGUUUUCAACUCCCCAUUUUCCAACUCAAGGUCAGUUGCUGAAUUAGUUAUCGCUGAAAUUAUUACUUUAGCCAGACAGCUAGGUGAUAGAUCCAUUGAAUUACAUACUGGGACUUGGAACAAGGUCUCCGCUAGAUGUUGGGAAGUAAGAGGUAAGACAUUAGGGAUUAUAGGUUACGGUCAUAUUGGUUCUCAAUUAUCUGUUCUUGCAGAGGCUAUGGGUUUACAUGUUAUAUAUUAUGAUAUUGUCACUAUUAUGGCUUUAGGUACUGCUAAACAAGUUGCUACAUUAGAUGAACUACUAAAUAAAGCUGACUUUGUUUCAUUACAUGUUCCAGAAACUCCAGAAACUAGAAACAUGUUAUCUGCUCCUCAAUUCGCUGCUAUGAAGGACGGUGCUUACGUUAUCAAUGCUUCAAGGGGUACCGUUGUUGAUAUCCCAGCUUUAGUUCAAGCCAUGAAGGCAAACAAAAUUGCUGGUGCAGCUUUGGACGUGUAUCCAAAUGAACCAGGUAAGAACGGUGCUGGUACUUAUAAUGAUGAUUUGAAUUCAUGGACCUCAGAAUUAGUUUCUUUACCAAAUGUCGUUUUAACUCCACACAUCGGUGGUUCUACUGAAGAAGCUCAAACUGCUAUUGGUAUCGAAGUUUCCAAUGCCUUAUCCAAGUACAUAAAUGAAGGUAAUUCUGUUGGAGCUGUGAAUUUCCCAGAGGUUUCUCUAAGGUCAUUAGAUUUGGAUCAAGAAAAUACAGUUCGUGUCUUGUAUAUCCAUCAAAAUAUUCCUGGUGUCUUGAAAACUGUCAACAAUAUCUUAUCAAACCAUAAUAUCGAAAAACAAUUUUCCGACUCAAAUGGUAAUAUUGCUUAUUUGAUGGCAGAUAUCUCUCAAGUCAAUCAAAGUGAUAUUAAACAAAUCUACGAAGAGUUAAACCAAACCUCAGCUAAAAUCUCCAUCAGACUGCUGUAUUGA